AUGAGCGACCUUGAUAAACCUAUCCCCGAAGCCCAAGUCCGCGAAAUAUGCCACAAGGCUAGGGAGCUCCUCAUCGAAGAGGGUAAUGUCGUUACCGUGACAGCGCCUGUGACGAUAUGUGGCGACAUCCACGGCCAGUUCCACGAUCUUAUGGAGCUCUUCCGCGUCGGCGGCGAUCCACCCGAUACGAAGUAUCUUUUUAUGGGUGACUUCGUCGAUCGCGGCUUUUACUCACUCGAACAGAUCACAACAGUUUAUGGCUUUUACGACGAAUGCCUUAGGAAGUAUGGAAGCGCGAAUGUCUGGCGAUAUUGCUGCGAUAUCUUCGACUAUCUUGCACUUGGCGCAAUCGUGCUAGGUGCUUCGAACUACCUCUCCUCUGAGCCGGAGGACAAAGACAUCGAGAUUCAAGUCUGCGAUCAAAAUGGUAGUGUUAUGAGCCGGUUUCCUCGCCGGACUCAGGAGGCCAACAGCUCCCCCAGGCAAAGGCUGCAAACGGCGGGGCUGGUGCGGGAAAGACUGAUCCGUCUUCUUGACAGGAAGCAGGAGGUUCCUCACGAGGGCGCCAUGUGUGAUCUCCUUUGGUCCGACCCGGAUGAGAUUGACGGAUGGGGCUUGUCACCUCGCGGUGCCGGGUUUCUAUUUGGGGCUGAUAUUGUCAAAGUCUUCAACCACCGCAACGAUCUCUCUUUAAUUGCCCGCGCGCAUCAGCUCGUCAUGGAAGGUUUCAAGGAGAUGUUUGACUCAUCCAUCGUUACCGUGUGGUCGGCCCCCAACUACUGCUACCGAUGUGGGAAUGUCGCAGCCGUCCUUGAGCUUACGGAAGACGAGGGAGGGACUGGCGUUUUCCAAAGAAGCAAUGGCGACGCUGCUCCUCAGGACUCUAGGGGCAUGCCGGCAAAGAAGCCGGUUGCUGAUUACUUCUUGUAA